AUGACUUCCAAAGCUGCCCGGAUGGGCGAAGAGGUGUGGAAAACCCGGGUCGAAAAAAUCAACGCCGAAGUCGUAACCCUCGCCUACGGCACCAUCGUCGCCCAACUCUGCCGCGACCUCACCCUCCCCAACACCUCCUCCAAAACCGACUACACCGCCGUCAACACCGAGCUCGACCGCAUGGGCUAUAACAUCGGCAUGCGCCUGAUCGAAGACUUCCUCGCCAAGUCCAACACCGGCAGCUGCAGCAGCUUCCGCGAGACCGCCGAGAUCAUCUCGAAAGUCGGGUUCAAGAUCUUCAUGAACAUUACGCCUGUGGUGACGAACUGGAAUCAGGAAGGCAAGAGCUUUCAUUUGGUGUUUGAGGAGAAUCCUUUGGCGGACUUUGUGGAGUUGCCAGAUGAUGGGAGGGCGCAGGAUGAGUUGUGGUAUAGUAAUAUACUUUGUGGGGUCAUCAGAGGGGCGUUGGAGAUGGUGCAAAUGCAGGUCGAGGCGCAUUUCGUGAGUGAUGUUCUGCGUGGGAAUGAUACCACAGAGAUGCGUGUGACGCUGUUGCGUUACAUCGAAGAUGAGAUGCCUCCAGACGACGAAUAG